AUGUCGGCAACACGGAGGGGCACCAGAACGGAGUGCAGUCCGCGGUACAGCCGGCUCUAUCCACGCGCCACGGACGCAGGAGCAGUGCCCUUCUCAUGCUCUUCCUUGGCCAGCAGAGAGGCUUCAGCGGCAACAACUACAGGGGAACUAGAGGCACGGGUAGGGAGCGAGCGGCGGGACCCAGUGCGGCAGAGAGUCUUGAAGCCCGCGUCCCUCUCGGCGCGUGCGCUUCCGGCACGCAGUGGGGUGCCGAACGGCGUCGGUCUCGCCAGUGCCGACAGCGCCGCGUUGUGCCGGGGGUGUUGCCGGGCGGCGCACGCAGACGCCGGCACCUCACGCACAACGUGGACGACGUCGCGGUCCACGACAUCCACAGCACGGAAGUCCACGCGUAAGAAGUCAAAGACAACGUCGCAGCACCAGCAGCACGAGGAAGACAGCAUUGGUGCCAAUAUGUAUCACGCCGCACGCGCUCAGCCGAUGCGGGUCAGUGAGGUACCACACGUGAGGCAUCAUCACCAGCAGCAGCAGCAGCAACAACACUUAGAUUAUGCGUCGCUCGAGGCGGAGGAGCUCAACUCAUUGCCGCGGCUUCUUCUCUCGCAGGACUUGCGUGGCGAGCAGGCGCGGCAAGAGCGGCUGCAGGCUGCGCCAUCCCCGCGAACCGGCGUGCCGAUACGCUCAGCUAUACGCCAGUCACAUUCGCAGAGCGUACAGUCCACGCAGGAGAGCAGGGGCGAGGUGCACCUUGACAGUAACGCCGACGACGACGAAGAAGAGGACGCCGGCUCCCUGCUGCAUGACAUGCACACUGCCGUCGGGACGACGGUGAGUGAGUUCGGGGCCCACCCGCAUUAUCAUCAGGAGCACCACCACGAUCCAUUCUCGGACAUCAGUCGGUCCCCCAGCGUGCGCCGCACUGCGGGUCCUGUUGUAACGGAGGAGUGGGCGCGCAGCAUUGUGCAGCCGCAGGACGAGUACCUGCUGUACGAUCGCCGCGCGCCAGGGAGCACAAACUACGAGGAGAUGGUGCGCCGCAACCAGGCACUCUGGCUGCGCGAGCGCGCGCGGCGUGUUGGGCGGCAUUCCGCUGACCACAGUGGUGUUGCUGCAGUUGCUGCCGCAGUGCCUGCCGCGAUGCCCGUUCUCACUGCGCGGUGGCUGCAAAACGACACGCAAGACUUGCCGUCAACCUCCCCAGAUGCUGAGAGCACGCCAGAGAUGGGGGAGAGCGAUGCGGCAGCGCGGGCGCGCACAGUGCAGAUGAAUGAGCGGCACAUUAUUGCCCGCGGCACGCCACUGCUGUUUAGGCAGCCACGCGCGCGGCUCUUUGCGUCGGAUAGGCACAGCGGUGGCUACUGGAAGCAGGGCAGCACGAUGACUUCUACCAGCACCACCGCUGAGGUGAGCACGGGCGUGGAGCUGAGCCCGGUGCUGCUGCAGCGCCGCUCCGACAACGACAUCAUGAUAUCCUCCAUCCUUCAGAACGGUUUCAACCGGGUGGAGCGCUCUGCCUCUCCCGUUGACACUGGAAGCUGCAACAACAACAAUAACAUCAAUAGUAAUGUCACGCCGGCAAGUGCGUCGCUUUUGACCCUAACCAACAAGCGACCGGUGCUGCUCUCGCAAAGUUUCACCCCUCUGCCGGCGCUACGAUCAUCAUCGAGGCCGUCGACGCCGUUUGAUGAGGGGAAGGAACAAUCCCCCGGUGCCACGUACGGCGAGAGUGAGCAGCGUGGUGGCAGCAGCGGUGCGGUCUCUCUACCCUCACCACUUCUACUCGACAUUGCCGCGCAAGAAGCAGCAGAGCUCUUUGCGAACCCCCUCUUCGCGCUGCGCAGCGACGAGAACUAUGAGCGGCUGAUGCUCGCGCAGGCGGAACACGACGAGCGAGAGCUGCUUCUGCAGCAGCAUGUCACUUCGCUGCAGCUAGGCCACUCCGUGCUGUGUGCCAACAGCACAAACGGCGGGCAGAAGCCGCGGCUUAAGGUGGAGGUGUCUGUUAGUGUGCAGCAGCAGCCGAAGCAGGCACCGCGGAAGGUGCGCAGCGAACCGGCAACGCCGCCACCACCGCAUGGGUUAGACAACAGCCGCAACACCUCCACCGAAGCCACUGGUGCCCGGCGAACGGCGACGACGACGGCCAGCGUGGCGAAGGAGCGGGAGGAGAGAAGCGGCAGUGGGACGGGGCGGUAUGUUGUAUUGGGAACCUCGCUACGCAGCAGAGCACCCGCCUUGGUGAAGGGUUCCGAGGUGCCGCAGCGGCUUAGCGCCAAGUCGGAGGAAAGGCCCGUGCAGUGGGCAGUCCGUGGCGCGGACGGCGGCCUUGGUGUAAAAGAGAUCCAUGGUGGGCGACAGGUGACAGCAGCGGCGCCAGAAGCAUCGCCCACUGCGCAUAAAAGGGGGAGCAAGAAUAAGUCGCAGAGUGUAGCAACAGCAGCAAGGCCAACAGCGGCAGCGGCAGCUGAUACAGCCCCACCGUCACGGCACUUCGGGGGUGUUUCCCGCCCACUCAAGGUUUCCGAGCUGCGUGCCGCAUCCGCGGGAGUGGAACAGAGGCGGCAGGAACGGGCGCAACGGAAAAAAGAACAACCACAGAGACAGCAGCAGCAGCUGCAAGAAGACGACGACGAAGAAGAAGAACGGAUUCCGCCGUCCUACCACACAGAUAGCACCCCUGACGUCUCUCCAACAAAGUAUAGUAUCGCGUCCGAAUCCCCGACACCAUCGCUCAAGGGGGCGGAGAACGGCCGAGCAAGGGAUGCAACGGGGCAGUGGGACAUUCCGUACCCCACAGCCGAGUCGCUGGCACGUGGCAGCUCCGCCCCGCGCUCGCCUGUGCGCCACAAGAUGAUGGAAGAUGUGGUGUCGCGUAACGCGGAGUCGCCGGAGCUACUCAAUACCACCAGCGGCAUCUCCUGCGUGAAGCCGCUCUCUGGAUCUGCAGUGGUGCCAGCAUCGCGCAGCGAGGCGACGCAACCGAGUCCAAAGAGCCGCGGUGGCAGGCGUGGCUCGUCGCCGUCAUCCUCGAAGCUGUCGGAGCUGGAGUGCGUCUCCCGUGGGGAGGAGCAGGACGUGGAGCUCAACGAGUACGCCCUUUUCGUCCUGCAGCAGCGGCGUGGGAAGCGCGGUAUCGCUGCCACCGCCGAUGACAACGGUAUCUUGUGGCUCAAGCAGCAGUUGCGCCUGGUGAACGGGAAGGAAUGUGAGGCGACGGAAAGCGACCGCAGUGAUAGUUUGUGGCCAGACAAGAGUAUUAGUGGCACAGUAGCGACAGGUGAGGACGCGUUGGGCAACGAUGAGAACGACUCUGAUUUGCUGAUGGAGGACGGCGGCCACUACGCGCGGAAUGUGGCGUGUGUUCUCACUGCAUUUGGGCAGUUGUGGCAAACGCCGUUCCAAGAUGUGAUGCGGCGCGAGGAACUGUCACUUGCCGUGCAGGCGCAGCUGCUGCUAUUUGAGGGAUCGCCGCUCCCUGAUGAGAGGGACGUCGUCUCCAGCGUUGACAAUACGAGCACCCAGAAUAAUGUCAUCAGCAGCAAUUGUCACAGCGCCCAGAUAAUGUGUACGGGUCCUGAAGAAUAG